AUGGAUUUGGAAACAGCACGUGCAAAUUAUCCAAACAGACUAGAGAGGUUAGAAGAAGAACGUCUUAUGGACAUGCCUUUUGAUGUUACUGAGCCACAAGUUGAAGGACACGACGGCUUUGCCAGAUUCUACUGGAAACAUGACGAACAAUUGCAUCCUUUGAGAAGGAAAAAAGGAAAAGGUGAAGAUGCACAUGCUCCCAUGGAAAGAACAAGAUAUGCAUAUGAAAAGUACCGUGAAGUUAGAAGUCAAAUUACAUCUGGUCGAACCUUUACAGUAAACUUUGACGAAGGAAAGAACAAAGAAGGCUUCAUGGGAGUACUUGCUGCCAUACAAGACGGAAAUAAGAAAGGAUACAAUCUCAGACUAACCGUAACAGAUUUAGAUGGUCACAUUUACUAUGCGCAUGGCAAUGAACAAACAGCCGCACAACUUCUUGACGCUUUCAAGACUACAAAGAGAGAACAAAUGGUUGACUCCGACUCAGACAUUUUGAAUGCAAUUGAAGGAAUUGCAAGUGUCAAGUUCGAAUGGUACCAACCUAACCCUCAAGCAGUCAGACAACAUGCUGGAUACUUCCCGUUCAUAAAUAAGUCUGACAUUGACUUGACAAGGUAUGGAAUUUACAAUUCAAUUGAAACAAUUGUCAACGAACCUUGCAUUCUUACAUGUCUCAGGAACUCUGGUCUUGUUACAGAAGAGAAGAUGAAGUAUCUUGAGUCAUGUGUGAAAACAAGGUACAUUCUCAGAGGGCAAUUGUCAAAAUUGCACCGUUGGCAAAUGUCAAUAUCCGCGUUAACAUACCUACAGCUAAAGGUUCUUCACAUGACGACUAUGUUGUUGACAAAGACUUACCAUGGUUGA